AUUGUUAACAACUUGGCGAUAAUUUCAAGGCUUGCCGUAUCGGUAAGAAGGUCGGAUUUAGUUUUACAUAUAUUAGAGAGUGACAAAUGUUCAUUUAGGAAGGUUCUCGAUGGGAUUAACUUCAUGUAAUGUAACAGCAGGCAAACUGAACAUUUUAGUCGUUGGACAGAAUUUAAUGGAAAUUUUUAAUCGUUAGUCUUAGAAGAAGUUAAUAUUGUGUGGCUUUUUACGGCAUGACAUGUCUUUUGGUAGCCGUUGAAUCCAAUUUCAGCCAUUUUUCCUCUAUCGAUCCCGGAAAGAUUCUUAGUCUAAACAGAAACUCAUAAGGGGUUGAAACGUGUAACUCUCAUAUGUUUGCUUUGUCCAAUGCUCGUGAUUAUUCAUUUUCGAAAGUACCAUAUUUGGAACGAGAAGAAGAGAUAACUGACCAACCAAACUUCGUAAACAACGUGACGUAGUUUUACUUCAGGUUCCCGCGCCCACUUAAAAAAAUGGCUGACAAACGGGGGAAAAACUCCCGAAAGCCGAGAAAGCUUUCAAAGGUUGAAACCAGGAAUCUUACCGAAAAACUGAGCAGGAUAUUGUUGCCUUAUCAUCCGGGCCAAACGUAACAUUACGAAACCCUUUGACGUCCUCGCAACUUCUUGAAGUUGUCACUUCAAAAAACGAUGCCUCGUUGACCCUCUGUACAGUAAACUUAUAAUGCAAAUGAGCUUUUAAAAUUCUUAUAUUAAAGGUCUAGAAUAAACAGUAAACUAGAAAUACGUUUUCGCAAAAAUCUCGCGAAGCUAACAGGACCAAUAGUGAGACUAGAUAGUAAAAACAAAAGGGUAAAAAAACGAUGAAAGAAAAAAAAAACUGGAAGUUGAAAAAAGUGCGGCCUUUAACUACUGGACUAUGCAACCUCUGCGGCAAUAUACAUUGAAAAUUAAUAGUGUUGAAGUAUCUUUUUCUGCUAUUCGCACGGUUUGAACCUUAUGAAGCUGUAUUUAUCAUGAAUUCAAAGAUACAUUUGAGGAAAAAUAGCUCAAACGAGUAUUUCAAAACUAUUUCGCAUUACCUCCGUGUUUAUUCGGGCUUUAUAUAGGCCGCUCGAUUAACGGACUGGUCUUCUUCUUCGCUGCUUUUGGUGAAGUUCAGGGGUAGUUUCGAAAACGAAGCACUCGAAAACAAAGACCGAAGCACGAAGCACCCAAAACUCGAAAACGCAGACCCCUAGAUCGAAAACGAAGCACCCAAAACUCGAAAACGCAGACCCCUAGAUCGAAAACGAAGCACCCAAAACUCGAAAACGAAGACCCCUAAAUCCCUGGAAAACGAAGCACCCAAAACUCAAAACCACUGUAGGUUUAAUAACUACAACUUUACGUCUUGCAUGACGCAAUCCGAAUCCGAAUCCGAAUCCGCAAUCCGGAUGCGUCCGCACCUCCAAAGGUCCACAAAAUCCAUCCCAAGGUUUUAUAAAAGCCUGCCAACUGUUUAACUGAACGUUUCUAGACAGGAUAUCCUCUAUUAAUUUUAUUAUUAGUCUCGCUAUACUUGAUACAUCUUAUCUUAAUAUGCAUUUUUUCGGUACACAUACAUGUUUAUGUGGCCGAAACGGCAAGAAAUUAGCCGUUGAAAGGCCAAAAUAUUAACCGUUUACCGUGAAUACUUCCACCCCUGUGAGUCCUUCAUUUAACCCCUGUUGUCACUCAGUUGGUAUUGAGGCAACAAAUGGUAGAACUUAUGAUUCGAUUUCAUGUGAAAUUUGGAAUAAUUGGGCUCGAGUAAAUUUCUUCAAAGACUAACAGAGUUGCAUGAUCGAACCUGUAGUAAAAAAAAAAAAAAAAGCGGGUGUGUUUAUUUCGAGUAUUCCAUUUACCAGAGGAAAACUGCUCAGUACUAUAACUGUACAGCCCUGGAAACAAUGCAAGGAAACUUAUCAAGAUCCAAAUAAAAGAGAAAUAAAAUGAAAUAUCGUCCUAUUCCCUUUUAGAACUAAAAUGAUGUUUUUUUUUUUCAGAAAUGAAAUACCUCUUCCUUCAUAAAAAUUUUCUUACUAGCCAAUAAGAAUCUGAAAAUGAUUGUUCACGAAUAUUACAUUAUUUAUAUUAAAAUUAUUUAUUUCUUCUCCUAAAUAAGGUAAUAAGAACUUCGUAACUGAAUAAUAUUUUUAUGGUGCGGAUAAAAUUGAACUAAAAACUGAUUACUUGGCUCAUUAUCUCGAACUAUUUCAUUUUCUAUGAAAUCAACUAUGCCAUUUACCAUUUCGUGCAGACAUCGCGCUUCAAUUUAAAAGGAGCUGUUUUAAUUUCAGGGUUACUCAUUAGUUUUCAUCGAUUUCUUACCAUACUGCUUCCUGUAAUUAAUUCAGUUCUCAUACUAAACUUUGCAAAGUUUACUACUGAUUUCGCGGUUGUCUCCUUCAUUAUGUUUUGGGUGUUGUGCUUUCUAACACCCAUUAUGUUUGACCAAAAACACUUCCUCCUUAAAAAUGAUAUAUGCAUAAAACGCAGAGCCAAAAAUGGAGUAUGGCAACAUAGCUAUAAACUGAUUUUUCAGUGUAAACUUAGUUCAGACGCUCUAGAAUUUAAUAGCGAGAUAAAAUUAAGUUCAUCUUCUUGUAAGAUCUACCUUAGUUACACAUGUGAAACGUGUAUGUCAUGACAAAAUGAACAGCCAUGCGUUUUCAAAACGACAUUAUUUUGAGAUAAGCAGAUGGCAUCCCUGCAGGAAAGGAAGGCGCGAAUGCAAUCUAUUCCUCCCUCGACGCUGAUUAUCUGGCAAAAUCCCCGCCUUCAUGGUUGGCACUAUAAAUUAAUUUCAAAAUCAUUUAUAAUUAUCGACUCAGGAUGUAUACGUGCCUAAGCAAAUUUACUUUGUGUUGGUGGUUAACGGUGUUUAGAUGGGCGACAAGAUUUCCAUUUAUUUUGCUUCCAGUCUACAGGAUAUCAACCGUGCAAUUUUAGCUGCCUUAACAAUGCUCUAUUAAAAAUAAUUGUGGUACUUGAAGUUUAUUAAUUUGAUGUUUUUGGCCAUCAGCGUUUUAAUUAUAACAUAUAGCUUCUGAAUAUUAAAUAUCGAUCCAUUAAGUAGCAAUUGAAACAACAAUUUUGAUAUGUCUCGUCCAUUAGACUCGCCAAGAGUCGACAAGCAUACUAACUAUUUCCAGCAAUCUGUCUAAGAUCUGUGUUCUUUCUUCUGGUAAAUUGAAACCUCUUGCUUUAAGAAGCGAAAUUUUUCGAAAGGUAAGAAUACUUUCAGUGGCGGAUCGAGGGGAGGGGCUCCUUAUUUUAAGACCAAACUUAGUCUGUCUGAAUGACCGUCCCCCCACCCCCUUAUCUGAAGGCCUGGCUCCACCACUGAUGUUUACAAUUCUUUUUUUAAAAGCAAAGACUUCGUUUAGUUAGAAAGUAUUUCAUAUUUUGAUCGUUAAGUAAAAUGAAUAAGGAUUAGAGAGCAAAUAACUGAGUGAACACAAGGUGGAAGAAAGACGGUUGCAUGAGCCGUAAGGCGUUUCGGCGAUUCGCCCUUUUUAUGUGAAAAAUAUAUAGACGUUACGAACUACCUUACAUAUUAGUAGGCUAAGGAUACUGUCAAGGGAUAAAAUCACGACGAUAUAACCAUUGUGGCAAAUGCUUAAAAGUCGGUUGAAAUUUGUGCUUUGGCGAAACAGUCAACAGUACUCAUUAAAAUGCAAUGCAAUUAGCUUAAAGCAGGAGCCGAUUACUAAAGCUGUUUACUCAUAGUGCAAGCAAACGUUGACUUAUGGCGUACCGUAACUUAGUUUAGCUGAUUUUUUGUUUGUUUUUAGUUUUAAUGUCGUACUAACAGAAGACUGUUAGACCACAAAAGCGGCGGACCAUUUUUCAUUUCCAGUGGGGGGUGGUGGUGGUGGUGGUGGUUGGGGGGGGUGCGGGUAACCACCGGCGAAAUCAGGGGUAUCCAGGGGUAUUCUUCCCCGGAAGAUUUUGAAAGAAAGACCCUCGGAAAUGCGAUUUCCAGCGUUUUGAGGUGCAUUUGCGACAAAUUUUAUAGCAUUUUGCUCAUUGUGUUAAUGAGAAAAGGCAUGGUAAUAAUGAAAAUCUUUAAUAAAGUAGCCAACUUUACAAAGUUAUUUGCAGGUCGAUCAUCGCUUAAAAAAGGCUAACUGAUUAAUAUACAAAAACAAAUUGAUACAACAUAUAAUUCUUGAUAUAAACUUAAUGUUUUACAGCCGCAGAGCUGGAUAAAUUGCUAACACAAACUUAUUUUCUUAGGGGGAAGCAGUGAAACUAGAGUUCUUGGUGAUUUCGUUUACAAGCGAGUUAAAAAAUUUGGGUCCUUGGAGAAAAAAAAUUAUUAUUUCUUAAAGUUUGUUCUAUGAUAGGGUAGACAGUACGACCUGGGAAUUUUUACUAUUUUAAGAGUGAGAGUUGAUGGUAGUUGAGGUCAAGCUGCUUUAAUUUUCAUACAAAAAAAAAUACCUUCUUUGGAAAAUUAUAACAGAACUUUUGCCUGUUUUCUCUUUCCUUUUCUCAGAUCGACAUUAUUACGGGUCAUACCUAAGAUGAGCAGUACAGCAGUUAUUUCCUUUCUUGGUAUUGUCUUGGUGUUUGGAUCACUGAAGUGUAACGCUAACAAGACAGAUCUUUAUAUUCUCCAGAUGGUUGCAUCACCCUUUUUUAACGACAUGAUCCCCUGUGAAGGGAUGACACUUGCUUACGAUGUUGCUAAGAACUCUUCUUCUUUCAAAUCCUUCUUUGAAAAGUAUGAAAUUAAGAUGAAAUGCCCUGCGACUUGGGUAAGUUCGCAACUCGCUUUAUGGGGGCGAGUUUCAAGAAAGGCCGACGCCAUUUUUACGACAUAUUAGUCAGAGAGAUUGAGCAUCGCGUUUACGGCAAACGUGAGGUUUUGGUGAUAUCCAGAAUAAUCAAGGUCGAGGUAGGGGUUAUUAGCCGAAGACCUUGAUUAUUCUGGAUAUCACAAAAACUGAGUGUAAUAAUUGUUUUAUUAUACACUGAACGAAAAAAAAAAUGGUCACGACAGUAAUUGGAACUGAUAAUUUAUUUCUAAACGUGUAAAAAUACCUUAGGUUCUGUCAGUUUUUUCUCUUUCACGUAAUCAACAAACAGCUCCCUCUUUGCUACCUUCGCCGACUUUUUUGUGUUUCGUGAGUCCUUGUCUUCAACUAUUUUUCGAUGUCUUGCUUGGAGUCAACGAAGCAAACCUGGAAGUCAAUGUUUUUCCUUCUUCACUGACGGCAAGCACAAAGCGCGCAAACUUGACGUGAUUACCCUUAGAAAUCAUGCACCGCGGUCAUACAUGACACGAUUACCCGUGACCUUGAGUGUCCUUGACAUGAUUAUUGUAUAAUCUGCAGCCUGAUGACGUCCCAGGCGCUGAUUUCGAAAAUUCACUGUACGCUUUCGGCCAAUCAGAAAAGAGAUAGUGAGUUGAAUGUAUAAUAAUUGGAAUUAUUUCAGCGUGAUUUCCGUAAAGAAAAAGGCAAAAAAAUUUCUAUCAAAACUAGGUCCAUUCUAGCCUCAAAGGCUAGAGUCAGGGGCACCCGACGAAUGAAUGUUCCCAAAUUCGUGAGAAUUGUCUCAAAAAGGUUUUCUCCAUGUUUUAGAAGCCUGUUUGGUUAAUUUGGAACUGCCCUAAAAACUGUUUAUCUGUUCGGAUGUCUAAGCGGAACUUUGGUCGUCUUGAAAGUUUCGUCUCGCAUUCGAAACUGUUAGCUACCCCUGGUGGGUCCCAUCAAAAGUUCGAGGAAAUGGAGUAGCCCUAUUUUCAUUUGAAAAUUCUAGAGUACAUUUUGUCUUUAUACCGAGAUUUUCAAGGAAUAAUCGCAACAUCUUGGUAUUAAAUUGUGAAAAACACAACCUCCGAAAAUCCUGGGUACUAAGUUCUUAGAAAAACUCCUAAAUAUCUUUGACGAAUAGAACAGAAUAGAACAGUUAUCCAGAAAAUUUUUGGCCUUUCUCGAGCUUUAGAAAUUUCUAGGCAAUAUUUGCUACUUCGAACAAUUAUUUAGAGAAAAAAUCGUUACGGAUUCCCCUUUAGAGUAACAAAUGCACACUGUAAAAUGGACUGCCGAUGGAAAAAAUGGCUCUCGGCUUUGAUGAUAUCCGCCUCCUGGUUAGCCUGCGUCACAAACGUAAUCUAGAUUCGGUGAGACGUAACCAGAAGUUUAGUUCCGUCAGUGGCGCAGGCUACCGAAAUGAAAUUCUUGCCUGCACCUGUAGCAAAAGAAGACAGGAGGCAGUUUCACUACCUCGUAUUCUGAAGUAACAAAGCUGGGCCACUAAUUUUGCAAUUCAAUUGAAGCGAAGACACGUUAGCUAGAGUUUUAACUUUAAAAUAUGAGCAAAUAGCUUGACAUAUGGUCCCUGUAAGACCUUGAGUGUUGGCCCGGCUGGGACCCGAUCCCUGGCCUACCUCUAUAAACUUGGUACUGUACAGUACCGCAAAUGAUCCCCAACCGCAAAUGAUCCCGAGACCGCAAAUGAUCCCCAAACUGGACCGCAAAUGAUCCUCGACCGCAAGUGAUCCCUAAAGUCGACCGCAAAUGAUCCCGUGAAAACUUGAGGAAUGGAAUGGAUUUUAUGGGACUGAUUACAAAAAAGGACUGAUUUUAAAAAAGAAACCUUUUUCUCUCGCCUUCUAAAGAAAAAGGGAAGGAGGACGCUACAUCUCAGGUCAAUUUAUACAAGGCGAAAAAAAAAAUGGAAUAAAUCUGAAAAGGUAUGGUAUUAACCGUAUACUUCUUCCUUUGUCGAUUGCUUCAAUUUUCUUUCAAGAAUGUUUCGUCUUUUGAAAAAUUUAAGACAGGCAGGACGUUACGCAGAAAAAUUAUUUUAACGCCUAUAAGCUCAACCUUUCUAUUGAGGAAUACAAAGCCGGGCACCCUCUACAUAACAAGAGCUUUAUUGACUUUACUGAUCUUUUUUGAAAGCGUGAAAUUAAUCAGCCAGAAUAUUUCAUUUUGAUUUUUCUCUGAAGUGUUAAUUUUACGUGAUAAACAGCAAGACAUUUGUUCGUAACUUAGGUGCCCGUUACGAAACAAGACAUGAUUUAACAUAAACACAAGUCAAAAUGCCCCCGAAGUUAUCAAUGUCCACAGGUUUCGGUUUAUUUCGAAAUAGCAACUUUCUUACAUCUCAUGAACGUGUUGUGAAUAGUUAUAUUAGCGUUUUUAUGUAUAUUCAUUUGUUGUGCUUUGCUGAAGACAGUUACCAGAAAUCUAAACCUGGUAAUGAGAAACGCAAAGCCAGGUAAGCGGUAGUUAUCGCGUGACAAAACAUCGUAAGAAACCGUCACAUUCACGGACUAAAAGAAAAUCGCUUAUGAUUAUUCGGAUCCAGGAGGCACUUAGGAGAAAAUUAAACAACCUAAAACCCUUAUUUAGCGGCAAUCAGGGACACCCAACGAGAAUAUAGUUCAAAAGCACUUAAACAUAGCAUUGUUAAACUUAUUUUAGUAUUUAAACGGUAGAUAAAGGCAUAUUUUUAUCCCCUAAAAAUUUUUCAUCUGUUCGGAUUUCCUAGCUGAAAGUCUAGUGAUCCGAAUAUUAUAGGGAUCAAAACUUACCUUUUCGAAAAUUUCAGCCAGAAAAAAGGCUCCCGAAAAUUCUAGGUGACCUUUUUAGGGUAAAAAUCCGUUAAAAAUAUGCAAUUAUACCACUUUUUAGAUGUUCGAAAAUUCUAGGAGAGGCAGGCAAGCAAGAGAUUUUACAACAAAUGUUCCGAAAAUUCUAGAUCUCAAAUCGUCCUCCGAACAGAUAUUUUUCCGAAAAUUGUCGUUGGGUGCCCCUGGGCAAUGAAGAGCACUGCAUUUCAAAAGAGGUCAAAGGAAAUGCUCUUGCAUCAAAGGGCAAAUCAUGCCGACCAGAAACAACAGUAACCGCAGAAAAUGCGUGUCAUGACCUCUCACUAUGAAAUAAGCAGCAAAAAUCACAUAUGCUCAGUCAAAACGUUUUCCUCAGAGGUAUUUUUGCCUACCUACUUCGUUUUUACUCUUGAAUGAUUUUCUUCAUUUAGUUUGUAUUCAUAUAUUUAUUUGAGAAGUAAAAUUUAGCUUUUGACCUGACUUAUUGUAAUAAUAAUAAAAUCGACACAAUGAUCCGCUAACUUGAGUCCAAGUCUUUCCUAUUUUUCUUUCGGGAUCAUUUGCGGUCGACUUUGGGGAUCACUUGCGGUCGAGGAUCAUUUGCGGUCCAUUUUGGGGAUCAUUUGCGUUCUCGGGAUCAUUUGCGGUACUGUACAGUACCUAACCAAUAUUUCGCUCAGUAGUUAUUAAUUAAUUUUUUUAUUGGCAGGUUGAUUCAUAGUAUUGAAGUAUUGUUUUAUUAUUUGCAACAGGGAGAUCCCGGGAUCGCCGUUCUGAAAAUGACUAAAACGGUUCAAGCUCAAGAAACCUAUCCGCUGAUAGUCCUAGGGCCUCACACUUCUAAGGAAGCUAGUGCAGUUUUACAGGUGGUGAAUGUUUACAGAAAUCUUAUGGUAAGUAACAGUCACAAUAAAGAAAUUCGUAGUAUAAUAUACAAACAGUAGUUACAUGGACACAGUUUGAUAACGCCUAGAUUGUGUUCACAGUGCCCUAUUUUUCCGUAAGAUCGUCGAGAUCGAGCGCUUGACUUUGCGUUUCUUGGAUGAGUGUCAAAUCUACUAAAGGGGUAGGGGACGGUUUUUUUCUCGCCUCCCUUCCCCCACCGCUGUAAACCCCGACGCCUCUUCGGUACAUGUGAAAUCGAGAUGGCCGCCCGUACCGGAAAUCGCUCGAUCCGGACGAUGUUACUAAAAAAAUAGGGGACUAUGAACUGAAAUCGCCUUGAGAGCCGUAUGUUGACAAAAAGAAUAUUUCGAGACCCCCAAGUUUAUUUCCCGACCUAAACGAAAGCUGGUUGGGAAUAACGAUGAUAAUCAUCAUCAUCCUCAUCAAAGGGCCAAUAUAGUUACAGGCCGCCCAGGUAUACUGUGUGCCAAUGAUUGAUCGUGGAGCCUACCGUCCUGUAGAAAUUGGAAACCUAUCGAUGAGGGAAAAUUUGUUAUGAAGUCAGUCUAAACCCGUCUAAAAGUUUCCACGUCCGUCCUACAGACGGUGGGGGUAGGGCAGGAGAGACUCUGCAAGAGAAGGGAAGGGGGAAUCCAAUACAUGCAGCUACUGGACGUUCCACCUGAUUUUGUGCUAUUUUGCCAAAACUGACUUAUUUGAUGAAAGACUGGGACUCCUUAAACACACAGCUAGAAAAUCUACUUACCUUCAAUAUCCCGUAAAGCCAAAAUCUCCAAGUGCGACAAAGUCAAAGAAAACGUUUGAGAAUUGCUAGUAGAAUGGAACUCGUGACCAAACGUUUAAGAGAUUAGUAUCAGAUGAAGCACGUUAACUGCGCCAAAAUAUCCUUGCCUACUCGUCAAAAGUCGUCGAAAACCGUGACAAGGUCAAUUGCCAGUCAAGAAUUUUGUAGUGUGCUGAGGUUUCUUUUUUUAUAAAUUUGUGCCCUGAGUACCGCUUGAAUGAAGUUUGAUGCGUCUGUUGACAUGUACUUUCUCUACCCUUGCCGAAAAACUAUCUACAUAUGAAAGAAUUAUCGUUUCUUCUACCGACAGGCUCGGGGAUCGUAACAUUUCGAGAUUAUAAACUCUCUUCUCUAGGAAAUAAAGCAUUAUCGUCUGUUUCACGAUUCAAACAAUCUUUUCACUAAGGGUGGAUUUUCACUGUCUCGUAACACGUGCGUACGCACGUAUUUUUUUGCGCGGGUAAAUAGAAUAGAAGCAAUGUAUGAAGUACCACCUACGUGUAAACGUAAAAGUUGAGCGAGUUUCAACAACUUUAAGGUUUACGCACGAUCUUUCAUACCUUGCCUCUAAUUUGUUAACGCACGUCGUUUUUACGUGCCUAAACACGAAACGCGAAAGUGGAAAUCCACCCUAAGAAGUCUAAGGCUUAAUUUCCAGUGUCGCGUAAUUUUUACGUUCGCAAAAAAAAAUAGAGGCAAUGCAUGAAAAGUCUUUCGUAAACGCAAAACUUGAACCUCGCUCAACUUCUAGUUUAAGCUCAGUACUUUUUAUCUAGCCACUAUUUUAUUUAGAAUACGUGAUUAAAAUUUACGUGCGUCAACGUGCGUAGUCAAAAAUGCGUCAGUGGAAAUCAAACUUAAGAAAGUCAAACGGGCGAUUAGGUCGACUGGUUACACGUCACGUUAUAUAAAAGUUCGAGACCGUAACCUGCCGCCUCUGAAACUUGUGGAAAGCGCCCUUAAAAACCUGUAAAUGCAAAACGUAUUUUGAUCAAUACUUUUAUGGCCUGUUUCCAAACUCUUUUAAUAUUCCGGUUAUAAGCCUUCUCGGGUAUAAGCCUUGAGAAAUCCCCUUGCAAAGUUGUAUAAACUCUGAGGGCUUAUAAGCGGCAAUUUACGAUUUUCUAUGAAAUGUUGGUAAAUGUAGCUGUUGAAAACCAACCACUUACAACAAAACAUCGUGCUUGAUUCCGUUUUUGUAUUUUACAUUCCUAUGCAUUGCUUAGUAACAUUUUGCGUUAUCAUUACUGUAUCUCGUAUUAAAGGCUCAACAGUAUUUUGCAACCUCGAGUUUCAUGUUCUUAGACGAGAAAACCCAGCUGAAAACCGUGCUUUAAAUUUGGCUUAUUCCUGAGUCAAACUUAACCGUCUUUUGAGGAACCGGGCCCUGGUGAAGACUAGCAACACAAAUUCCACCUCACACGUAUUAUGUUUGUGUCGGAUAACUGACCACCUGCCCGUCCCGUAAGUCGCGAUCUGUCCUAAGUGAGAAGUAAGUGUUAAUGUUGACUUAGGGGAGGGGUAGGUGGUCACCUUUCUGUCACACGCCUGCGGAACGAUCACACGCACAAUGCACAGUCCCCCAAAACGACCAAAUAGGUUAUAAGUAGGUUGAGUGUGAUCGUUCGGGUGAACGUAGUCCUGAACAGGCCUGUUGUUGUUGACAGUGACUGACGUUUCGACAACCUGUGCGCUAGUCAUCCGUUCAGAUUCAAAAUUGAAUUGUAUCACGUCAGUUGAUGGUAUUUUAUCUGGUUAUUGACCUGAUUAUCGGCGUCUGUCAGUUGAGCGGUGAUGUUAUUGGCUAUAAAGACUCGUAAUGUCAUUGUCGCGUUUUGAUCCGUCUAUUGUCGCAGUUACUGAAACAGUUGUUUAUUGUUAGUCAAAUUGUCUGUUGUCCAGUCAUUCUGUCCUAGUUAGUUUUGCUUGAGUCCGUCAAUAAUUCGUUGUAUUGGUACGGUGCUGGUAACUGUUGACUAGGAUUCCGUGACGUUUGUUGUAAGUUAGUAAACCACUUUUCUAAAGUGAUUCGUUGAUAGUAGUAUGUAGAAUACGUCAUAUAUGUCGCAGAGUGCCUGUCGAUUUGAUGUUUCUUCUGUAAAUGGUGUUCAGCAAUAUGAUUAUUGACGUCACCUUUUCGCUCGCUUAUGAUCAGUUAGUCGCGAGCUAAGGUUUCUGCAGGUUUCACCAAUAAAAUUGGCCUGCCAAUUGCAGCAUUUGAUCUUGUAUACUGCUCCCUCUGCCAUCUGGUUUGUCUUUGUCAUUAAAAUUAGUUAGUAGCCGUCGUAAAGUGGUUAUCGGUUUGUGCACAACGCGUACGUUGUAGAGUUGUUGUAUACGUGCGAUAGUUUCAAAGGCGCCUCAGAUCUACGGCAUUGUCGCUGCCGUAACAGGGCCAACACUCAGACCAACGUUAACUCUGGCAUAUCGUGAGACAAACGAUAUAAUUAACCAAUAACAAUAACCUUAUUUAUUAGUAACAUAUGAUUGCUUUUGAAUUAACAUAUAGUUGUUUCUCCUUGAAACAGAUAACAUUUCUCGAAACAACAGUUCAACUGGCAGAGCUAGUGACUGGUUCUUCUGCCUUCACAUUUUUACCAACGGCGUUUUCAUUAAAUCCGCCCAAGAUCAAAUUUAUGAACAUUUUCAACUGGGAGAGAGCUGCUGUUGUGUAUGAUUUCUUGACAGAUAGAGGGGCUAACGUUAAGGUUAGUAUUCUGUCAAUUUAUGGCACAGGGCAAAAUGAUGACAAUUCACUUUCUCAUAUCAGGAAUUGAAAAGAAGAAUCGUGCAAAAUAAUCCGCAUACAAGAAACUGACUUAAAUAUACUUAUUUUCUUAUGUAGAGAUAGUGAUAACUAAACAAUCAGUAAUUGGAAAACUUUGCUCCAUGCGAUGGUACAAAUGGACGUUUGCUUUUUUCCCACUAAAGAAGUCAGUCUAAGUCUGUCGUUAUUAUGACUGGCGCUGCAAGCGGGCGAAGUGAAGCGAGUGUUGUGUUCUGAUUGGCCAAUUGCUGGCCAAAUCUGUUCUGUCAGCAAGGCUGGAAAUGAGACUUGUUCUCUGAGUGUUUUGAUGGACCUCGAUUUUGCUCCUAGCAUUUUAUUUACUUCCUAGUAAGCUUUAGCUUUUUUGGUGCUCCGGUCAUUAAUUAACUACCUGUAUAAGGCCUGUUUCAAACGUCGUGCUACUGCUGUGCUAAGCUGGCUCGCCUGUAGCUCGACUGCAGCACGACAUUAGCAAGACUUGGUUUCAGACGUCGCAUUUAAUUCACACAAUGACAGUCGAAUGGAACGGCUGUUGCCAAAAACAAAACACAAAAAUAAAGAAACGGUUUAGCAAACUUUUAAAUAUAUUCUAAUGUAUUUAUAAUUCAUGAAUUGAGUUCGGCACGGCGGUAGCACGACUUGGUUCAAACGUCGCGCUACUGCAGUGCUAAAGUCGAAUUUAAUUCGAUCAAUUGAGUUCGGCACGGCAGUAGCACGACGUUUGAAACGGGCCUAAGGCAUCCUUUCUUAUCUUGGGAUACUUUGAUUAAGUAUAUUUAAAACUGCAUUUGCUGCAUCGCAAGAUCCAAGGCCGUUGGGGGUGUGAACAAAGUAAAGUUAUGUUGAUAGUGGCCUUAGCUCCCACGAGUCUCCUAUAACUUAUAUAGUGGUAGAGCAUCUGGACUGGUAACCAGAAGGUCAUUGCUUAAUUCAACUCCUACAGAGAAGAGAAGUGAUGACGUCACAAAAACUAAAUUUGUGAAAUUAUAAGAUAGGUUGGCAUAUCCAGAGAGAACAAAAUGAAGAAUGCCCUCUUGCUAAAAAGCAGCCUUUUUUACUCCCCACCAAUUUGCCUUAAAAGGUGGGGAGUAAGUAUCCUGUACUUUGCGCACGUGCAAUUCGUUUGAUAGUACCAUGUGCUUGGUCGGACAUGCUUCUGAUGCUUGUUGCAUUUUACUGUUCAAAUUCUCCUACUAAAUACGUGAAAUCCUAGUACAUUACAAACUCCAUAUAAAUCCUUCUAAAACUAGACCUCAAUCGUAAGCGGUACGAUCCAGGCCAUUUUUACAAGGAUUGGUAUGGAGUCAUCAGAGCAUAACGGUACUUAUUAUAUGACUGAGUCUGUUUUCGCCAUGCGAUUGGUCAAUUUGCGGUCCGUAACUUGCUAUACGGACCAAAAUUUUUAAAGAAAAUGCUCAUUUCGGAGCUCUAAAUCUCUUAACCUGGGAAAAAAAGGUUUAAAUAAAGUCAUAAGACGCCUGUCAACCUUAAGGACUUGGAUGUUGACUUUGGCCUUCAACAUUUCGCUUUUGGGCCAUAAAUCGACGGAAAAAAACUCGGUCCGUAAUUUACAGUAUGGACCGAAAACUCGGCUAAUAAGAGAUAUUUUAUAUCUCAACACAAAGGGGACAUUUCUCAUAUUUUUUUUUUUCAGAAUAUGUCAACCAAUCCAAUAAUUUCUCAAAUUUAUAUUUUGUGACGUCACCGUUCUCUUCGCUAUUGGAAGUACUCCAAUGUUUGCUUCCUUGCCGCCUGUGUCGGUGACUGCAUAACUAAACAUCUUUUUUCAAAAUUCUACGAGUCCCCUUUGUUUUCGGCCUUAAAAGAGUACCAAUUUUCUACUGUAUUUCCCUUUAAAAGGAAUCCGGUUUACGAACUUUUGCUGUACGCACCUUUUACACACCUCCCCCGUAAACUGAGAUGAGUUUCCCCCUUAUUCUGUUCACACUUUUUCACCCUUCUUGCUAGUCCUAAUGGAUUUUAAUUAUUUUAUGUUUUAAGGUUGUGGAAGAUCUUGCCGCGACAGCUUCUUCGAACCUCACUUCACCUCGCGUUAACCUGACGUUUGAACCAAUUAACCCACACCGAACCUCAGCCGCGGGAGUAGUGUUUGAAUUUAUUAAGAACAGUCUGCAAAGCCUAAGGGUAAUUGAUCUUGUUUUUUCCUCCUAUAACAACAACAACAGCAAUAAUAAUAAUAAUAAUAAUAAUAAUAAUAACAAUAAUAAAAUAAUAAUAAGGUGACUCACUUCUUGUACGUAGACGACCUUAAAGUUUUCGUUUCCUCUUAGACCAAGCUAAAUAGGUCCGCACGAUCUACCAGUGCAGCUAUGCAGGAUAUCGGCUUGCUGUGGAAUCCAAAGGAGUGCAGUGUUAUCCAGGUCAGGAAGGGCAAGCAAGUUGAAGAUGCAGCAGACCUCAAGCUGGGCGAGACGGCUUUGGUCGAGAACCUCAAGACUGGGGCCGAGAACAUUUUCCUUGGUGUGAGGGCCGUGGACUCAAGUCUGUAGAACAAGAGGAAAAAUUAAUUAAUAUCAAGGCGGCUAUGGAGCUACAUGUAUAUAAGAAUCCAGACCGGAUGAUGAGAAUUGUGCGGAUAUUUGAAGGGAUUCUCCUCACUUGUGCAGGACGUACACAAUUUAGUCUGGGAACUAGGGACUAGUCUGAAUUUAGCCACUCCCUAACCAUCGUGUAGCAAGCAACAGAAGAUCAGAGUAAAUUCGGUGAGACAAUAUCUUACGGAAGCUGUAGGAGAGAAUGUUAAGGAGAGAUGGCAAGGACGUCUGCUGUGGGCCAGAUGGGAAUUUUUUAGACUACUAUUACCGAUUUUAACCUUAUCCUUCUAAGGUGUGUUUAUCACCAUUUGCAGCAUUCUUGUACAAGUUCCACCCAGGCUUCUUUCUUUGUCAAAGAGCAAGUGUCACUCCUGUAAAGGAGAAUUGUCUCCUUAGUUGCUCUGAAUAACUUCCGCCUCUUUUUUCUACAAAGUCACUCUUCCAGAUGUUGUUCACUUUGUCUAGCGAUUGCCAGGCCAGUGCUGUGCGGACUUUUAUGUCUCUUUCCUUAGAACAUGUCCAGCUACCCAGGUAUUUGCGCCUUGCUCCCCUGUCUCAUCCACAACUGUUUGUUUACUCUUUUACCAUAAAUUGUCUCCAUUUCUACACUUUAAACGUUGAUAUACAUAACUUUGGUCUUUAUUGCAUUCUAUAUUCCCAUUGCGUAAAAGCAUCAGCGUAAUUCAAGCCGCUCCUCUUUUCCUUGUGUGGCUUGCCACAUUGCAUGAUCAACCGCAAUGACAAAUAAAUAUGGUGCCAAAGUCACCCAGCAUAACUCAGGAAAAUAUCACCCUUGUUAAAAAUAAUCUGUUUCACCGUCAGGGGAUAAAACCUUCCCUUUCAUGUUGCUACACUUUAGCAUGAUUCCAUUCGUGAUUCUCUCAGCGAUGUUGAACAUCGGUUGAUGGUUAAUGGAGACGAAUGCUUCAAUGCUUCGAAAGUCAAUGAGAACCAUAAUUGAUGGUAGAUGGUAAUUCUUGACUUCUUCAAGGAUACCUCUUAAUGCCAGCACCUGCGUAAUGGUAGAUCGACACGGGCGAAAGCCAUUCUGGUUGUAUCGCAGAUAUGGAUCUAUUUUUGGGCGUAUACGAUUUAAUGGCACUCUGUUUAUUAGGUUGGCGACUAUCGAUGAGUAAGCUGAUACCUACGGUCGUCGAUGUCACAGCGUUUCAGUAUCUCAGGCUAUCCAGGUGCUUUACCUUGGCUUAUCUGCUUCUUAGCAUUAAUCACUUCCAACACUGUGAAUUCAGUCUCUGUUAUUCGAAGGUUAUGAAGAACAGGAUGAACAUUAUCCAGGGUUGUGUCUUCAGAAGGGGUUCCAGAUGAAGCCUACCCGAGCUUACGCGCAGAGACCGGUAUGUCAGACCAAAUUAACACCAUGUGGAGAAUGUGUGGGUAAGGUACCAGAGAGCUUUGCUCAAGUUUUGGCACGCUGUUCAUCACUGGCGCACACUAAGUACAUGACCAGGCAUAAUGCUGCACUAGUAGCGCUCUACUUUGACGGAAAUGCUAAGGGACCUAAAGCUUGCCGACUUCUCUCCUCCUUGGUACUCACGAGUGGAGCUCAGCCCGUUGUACCUGUCAGACGACGCUCAAGCAUACUGAGAUGUUCCUGUUCACGCAGAGGACACACAGGGUUGAUUCGCAAUUUGUAAACCGCAAGGAGAUGUGUGUGGCGGUUGUGUUAAUGAGCUGUCCCUGAUUAGACAACCACUCGAAGAAGGAUACUGAGAAGACAAAGAAGUACCAAACACUGCGGUGGGAGCUUACUAGGCAAUACCCAGUCUACAAGAUCGUGCAGCUGAACGUCAUCAUUGACGUUCUGUCGUAAUAGUCCAAGGAGCUAAAUGUCGAGAUGAGCACGCUCUUUGGGGCGCUGUUGAGCGAUGUUCUGAAGUGGACGCAGAAAGCUGUACUAUCCAGAAACGGCGAAAUAUUUUGAAUGAAUAAUUAUGGUUCAUAUUCCAUGAGAGCUAAGCCAAUCAAAGCUUUAGAAUUGAUUUAUCCAAUGAUUCGGUUAUUCAUUAAAAAUAUUUCUCCGUUUAUGAUUGACUACAAUCUCCUGGCUAAUUCUUCAGUACUAACUUUCGCUGAACAUAUUUGAAAGAUGUGAACAAUAUAUCAUCGAUUCGAUGGUAUAACAUGAUUAUGAUAUACUAUAGAUCAACCUCGUUUCUAGGCGCGGCAGCCUAGCUGUAUAUUCCUUAGCGAACUAAUAAAAAAACGGUGUUCACGACUAUCUGAAGACGAAAUACUGAGAUGAAUUUCCAACUGACUGAACAGAAGAAAUGCAAGGCAAGAUCUGCAUAAUUCUUCACAUCCUACGUACUCAGCCUCAUUCAAUAAUUCCUUAAUAUAUAUAUUUAGCCACAGCUAAAAGCGAAGCUCCCAUUGAUAAAUUUAUAACUUAAAUCAAACAAUAAUUUUUUAUUCCACAAAUCAGUUAACGUAAGGGGCACAUUCAUGUGACUUUUAAGGGAAAAGCUAAGUGAUUUUGGAGUGAAACAAAUUUUGUAUCGAGUUGAUAUAGCCUUAUAUGUACACCCAAAAAAUAGUCUUCGGUCACAUUUAAGAGCUAUGAUGGCUCUUGAUCACAGUAGAUAAGGCGUGAGAAACAAAUUCUUGGAAAACAAAUCAGACCGAUUUUUUUGCGUUCGACAAGUUUACAAAUUCUUGCCAAUAAAUCUGGGAGCGUGCAAACCAAUCUUUUAUUUUUUUUAUGCACCACAUCUGAGGAGAAAGAGUACUAUGAGGCGCUGUUUUUAUCAAACAGACCUCGUACAAAAUGCAGUAUUUCACAAUACUUCAAGACAAAUUGCAUUCAUUCAAUAUUCAGGACCAUAGAACCACGCGUGGACUUUUAAUUAGCGAAACCGUUCAAAAAAUGUCCAAAAUCAACUAUACGGCCAGCCGGUUCUAACGUUUGACAAGCGCCAAAUUUGCGAAGAAAUUUUAAAAGAGUUAGGCUUCAACGUGAUAAAGAAUUUAUUGAGUCUAUUUUUUAUUAACGGUUUUAUAACGAUGUGUAAUCUUAAAAAACGUUUGAUACGCUUGGCAUUUUGAGUACUCCUGCGAGCGAUGUUUAUGAACGCCUGAAAACAAACGGCAAAGCGAUGAAAAUUACACUUGUGAGACUACCAAAAAUCAAUAAAGAAAAAUAAUUCGAUAGAGCAUUUACAGAGACUACAAUUUUCAUUCACGAAAACAAAUGAGUAUUUAAGUGUGUCUAAGAAUCCUCAAGUCUUUACUAGUAAGCUUAAAGUUUAUGUUUUAAGCCGCCGGUUUCCCGGUGUUGGCUGUUUUCAAAGAUGAACUCACGAAAAGAAAAUCGUUCAAAGCUUUCUUUCUACAGCCAAAAUUAUAACUAAAUAUUCUUCGGAAAGUUUUUCUUUCUAUUUAAGGUGAAUUAAUAUCGACUAAAGGCUUUUUAAAGUUCUGUAAGCUUAAGCUUAUAUCAAACCUCAUACGAGGUCAGAUCAGUGUCUCAGUCAAAUCUUAAUACAAACGUGCAUAAACUAGCUUCAUAAACUGCGCCGCUGGACUUCAUGAAAUUAGAUUAAAUACAAUAAUUACUCAGGCUUACCAUAUUUCGAGAUGCAGCUCCUGAAAGCUAUCAAGUAAGGCAAGGAUCGCUUGAGCCUUUAUAAUUCUCGUACGCAUCCAGCAAGGUGAAAAACAAAAGCGAUGCCAUCCGUGAUCGGAUUAUCGGCUUUGACAAGCGACGCAUUUUUCAACCAAAACCCAAUAAACAAACCAGCCAUGAAUAAGAGAACGCUCUUGAUAGCAGCUGUAUUUCAUUUUGUACAUCCAGUGGAAAAAGACAGUUAAAAACAUCACAAGUUGACUCAAAACUCUGUCAGCUUCAGCUGUCAAAGUAAACAACUUUCAACAUGCUGCAUAAAUUUUACGCAUGAACUCACCUGUCAAACUUUAACCAAUCAGAGCAUAAAAAUUGGACGUGGAGCGUGACCAACACGUGACCAUGGUAAGAAAAGGUCUUUCUUGCCUGUAUUUUAAAAAAACUGGCUGAAUUUUUGCGUCUGAAGUCAGUUUGAAAUCAAAAUCGUAAUAGUGCGGGACGAUACUGACAUAAACACAACAUAUUUGAUAUGAAUUUAAAACAAAAGUAAACGUGAGCCUGCGAUCAUUUGAAAACGAGUAAAUUGUCAGCGGAUAACUUCAAAAAAUACUCAACCGUCGAUGGGUCGACACCUGAGCCCGCCAUUUGGUCAGGUGAUAGUGGUCAGCGGAUACCCUGUUUUAACAGCUGUCAAUUGAUGACAACAUUGAUGUGCAAUCAGCUUUCUCCUGGGCUCCCAAAGUAGCUAGAAAGUGUGAGAGUAAACAUUGAUAUACCUGUGGUGCGGACGGACGGUCGGUCGGUCGGUCGGUCGGUCACGUGAUUACCAAAUUUUCUGGGAUGGGUAGAUUUCCUUAGCUAUGGGGCUCCGCCCACGCGCGCGCUUCGCGCGCGCGUGGAGCUCCGCUAUUAUACCAUGCUCUCUAAAUAUGGUCAGUUUACGCGUAAGUUUGAGAAUAUACAAGAAGCGAACUUGAUUUUUCUUCGAGAAGGAAUUAUUACAACGCUGAAAAGUGCAAAUUGCUUAGAUUUUACCCUGAAGCAUAGUAUCCUACUGUUAUGCAUUUCCCAUCAACAACUGGAAGUUCACAUCAUCAUUCUAAAUUGAUGAUGUUCUGCGCACAGCCGGAAAUACCUCUGUGCUCGUAGACUUGGAUGUACAUUUCUUAACCAAAUAUCAAAUAUGUUUUCAUUGAUCAGGAAAGAGACUAUAAAAUCUUCAUCGGAGAAUUUGGUGACAUAGCAGCUAGCUUGGUUUUUUGCGAGGUAAGAAAAGUAGAACUAGAUAAUUGUUCCCGCAAAAAAGUGAACUGGUGGUAUGAAGCGUGUGUGGAUGUCCGGUGUUGGUGUUGGUGGUGGUGGUGGUGUGUGUGUGGGGGGAGAGGUCGGGGUUCCUCCCUAUAAUGGCCUUUACGAGGAGGUUCCGCUCAAAAGAGGUAGCUUUUUCAGGUUUCAGGUGUAUGAAAGGGCACGGAUUUCACCAGUUGAAGUAUAUGAAAGCGUAGGAAAGCAGGUCCUAAGAUGGUCUAAAAGGACUAAGAGAUGCAUUUUAUGGCUAUGAAAAAAGUCGAGAAAGCGUUCCGGCUUUGCGAUUUAUUCAUAUUUUGAAUACACUGCCUUUACAGUAGUAAAAAGGGAUUCAAAGUUCUAAACUAGGUAUGUGAAGAAGGGGUGAUUAAUGUCAACGUCUUCACACAAUUUGAGUUACUGUAGUUUCUUUUUGGCUGUCUGUAGAAUCGUAUCUUGUAAGACUCAAUAAAGCUUAAAAGGUACGCCUAAAUUGGUAUAAUUUAGGCCGUUUAAAUUUUAAUUUUCUUUUGAUUAAUCUCGGCCAAUUUUACCCGUAAGUCACCCUUUAGGAAAUUUAACAGCCAUGACCAGGAGCGCAUCACCCAAGAGAGUCCAUUUUAAAUUUCUUGGUGGAGAAAAAAGGCGAAAACCGUAUUUACUCGAUUAAACAACAAAAAUUGGAUCAAAAUUGCUCUCAAAUGAAUGCCACACCAAUCAUAAGAAUGCAGCGGUUAUUCGAGGAUUAUAGAAAAAUCUUUACAAUUUUGGGACCGAUACACCUUUGGGACGAUACUAAAGGCGCUUUCUAUUUGUCAGAACUGGCCGGCCGGACCAUUGCCAGACCAGUCUUUUUGACAAUGAAAUUGGCUUUUCCAAGGUUUUUUGCUGAAAAACCAUCUCCUUCCCGACACUAUAAUUUAGGAUUUGACUGAUCUGGCUAAAUAGUUUUGAUUAACAGUUAAAUUCUCAUUAUGACAGGAAGGGUCUGGCCGGACAGUUCUGACAAAUGGAAAGCGCCGUAAGUGUCCGCCUUAGAGAGAGAUGGCCCUCUUAUAGAGAGUCAAAUGAAAGGAGUGAGAAAAGGAAGAUAGGCUUACGUUUUACAGAGGUGUCAGAGGUACGUGUCCGUUAAGAGACAGUCGACCGUAUAUGGUAUUCUAUAUCAUUCAGCGAUGUCGAUUCUAUCUCAGAAGAAGAGCGACGCAUGAAAACUCUUUACAUCUUUUUGUUUUAAAUAAUAUUUACAAAUGAUGUUUUAUAGUCGACUCUCUCUGAAAGGACACCUCCAUAAGACGGACACCUCUGUAAAACAGACACCUAAAGUUGGUACCUACCUUUCUUUACUCCUUUUAUUUAACUCUCUAUAACAGGGCUAUAACACAAAACUUUAUUUUACAUGAAAAUCGAUAGCUUGAUGUAAUUGCUGAAAUUUUGGAGGUUGCGAAUAAUCCAAAUCUCAACAAAAACAGGGGUAGCAAGGUGCGAAACGAUAGAUGAUUCGAACUCCACGUGAUAGAAUAUUAAAGCAGAUUUAAAGACAGAUCCUUAGAAUUCAUAACAAUAGCAGUCGCGUGUACAACAAUUCAAUGUAAUAGCAAUGUUCGUGGCCUAGUUACGACGUCACAGAUCGCAGUAGUAGCGAGUAGUAAUACACGCAGUAGACGAAGUAAUAGCAGACGUAGUCGACGUAACAAAACGUAGACGUAGACGUAGACGUAGGGGUAGGUUCGAACUGAAAGCGAUAAUUAAAGAACACGAAUUUGGUCGACGACUCGCACCAAAAGUAGCAAAAAAUAGCACUCUAGCAGCAUCAAAGUAACUUGUGAUAGCAACUCCAAUGAUAGCGGGAUAACUUAUAAUUUCUAGUAUUGCGUUGCCUCUUUUAUAAUAGAGUAUACGAGUAUUAUGCCUAGGGCUUUAACUAAGUAAAACUGUACCUACGCUUUACGCGUUUCCUAGCGGAAAGUACCGCACCAUGACAUAAACGUGAAAACCUAUAAAAUGUUUCUAGAAAGAUUGAUAUAAUCACGUUCUAUAACCUAAAAAUAAAAAACUGUCUUAAAGCAGCCAAACAAUAUUAUAAGAAAAAUGAACAAAAGAACCUUUCAAAACUAACACUUACAAGUACAGACUACCUGCAAUUGGCAAAGCUAAUCGGGGCAGGUAGUAUGGAGACGUAUUACUUAAACUUAAAUUACAAUCAGUUGAUACAAAGGGAUUUUACUGAAUCAGGCAUUAGAAAUUCGAAAAUCUUCCGUCAGUAACUGGGAGCGUAAAGAGACACGUCCUGUCAGCACACGCACAUGCGCAAGACAGACAUCAGGGUUUAAGAAGGACACUUAAUGCAAACAGUCCCAAAAGGUGAUCGUCUAAGAGAGAGUUGACUACGUCGUAAUUUUGUUGUCUGUGAUUUAAGACAUGUACUUUUAAUAUAAACGCCAACCUCGAAAAAACGCCCAGGCGUUUAAUCGGUAACGUUGACGGUAACGGGGUCCCCGCUCUGUUGGCCUCUUUCGCACCUAGCCUUUCAUUCGAUUUUGUUUUUCUCACCAAGGCGCCUUGUCCCAGGCUAUCUGAAAAAUGGUACCUUAACGCAGUUUUUCUAGUAUUAUUAGGGAGUUUACGAUACUACGACGGCGACGGCGGCAAAUACCUCGCUCAAAAAUUGACUUCUCGAUCUAUGAAACUUUAGCGCGAUUAACUCCAACCCGGUCACUAUGUUUUAUGUAGGCGAACUCUCCUGCAGUUGAAUUCUUAAGAAAAAUAUCCAAGUUUAGAAAGAGUAAGACCCUGUUUACAUGGAGGGGGGACCCCGGUCUAUUGGGGUAGGUUUCUUUUGUUUUGUGUCCCCCAGAGCGUGAAAACAAAAGAAAUCAACCCCACUAGACCGGGGUCCCCCACUCCAUGUAAACAGGCCCUAAGAGAGAUUCGUCGUCGUAUGUUCACGUGAAAUUAGGCAAUUCACGUCGUAGUCGUGCAGUGACGGCAAGGAAAUGUACAAAAAAUCGUGAUGCACGUACAGAGUUGUUGUUUUGCUAAUCUUAACCAGUUGCUCUUUGACGUUCUCGUUGCCGUCGCCGUAGGUAAACUCUUUAUUAUAAGGCUUAACCAUUGAAUACAGGUUUAUUCGGUAUAUUCUUUGGGGUGGCGCGGUGGCUUUAUAAUCCCGGAUGACGAGCCACCCUGCCGCCCCACUAAAAUAUAUACCAUUCUGACUCGUUUUUUGAAGACAAUCACCUAGACUAACGAGCCAUCGAUCGAGCCACCGAGCCACUUGUAUGUCUCAUAUCUCUCUCGUUCUUUAAACACUUGUCAUGACUAACAAGCCAUCGAGCCACUUCUGUUUGAGACCUUAAAGGGACGCGAUCACGGUUAUGCGCAUGCGCGCCGUUUGUCUCUUCAGAAUAAAUUUGUCGGGUCAACACUAAAUUCGAAAUCGCCAUUACCGGUACAAUCAUUGAAAAUCCUUCGUUUUAUUCGGACAUCCGUCGCUUUGGCUGGUCUAGUUAUACUUCGGUAGUGGUGAUUAACGUGUGGUUGUGUUAUUUGACUGGUUAUGUUUUAAGAAGACGCAAAAAAUAAUGUUUUGAUCAUGGAGGUUCAGAAGAGCAUCGUGGCCGUCCGGCAACAGGACACUCUGAAGAGUCUUUGGAGAUAGAGAAGCUUAGCCGAUCGAUCUGGUAUGGUUCUAGGAGUAGUGUGUGGCUUACGAAAAAAAUACACGACACUUGGAAAGUGGUUAAAGGCAUGAGUUCGUUCAACUUUGAUUUGAUUUUUGACCCCCACCUGUAGUUAUACCGCAACAGGCCGCGCGAUCUUCACCGAUCUGGUACAAUUGAAAUGUUCCUUGUAUCUUUGCUUUACGAUCGUAUAUGUUUAAGAAUUGAUGUUUUCAAAAUAAAUUAUUGCCCGAAUUUUCUAUUUAUAGUCUAGUUUCUUUAUGUGUUCUACUCGAUGACAUUUGUUUUGCGGAACACUGGCCCGAUGUAGCCUGCGAGCAAGCUCUCCUAUUUGGGCGAGUGAAAAGUACACGCGCGAGAGGCACGCGAGAGGAGACGCGACGGCGGGGGGCGGAAAAGAGAAAGGGAGAAACUCGUGCACAUUCAAAAGACUAAGGUCAUCGUCGCUUAAAUCGACAACAUUCUCUUUGUCCGUUCCGGAAAUGGAGAACAGCGUUUUCCUGGACUUAGCUCUUUUUCGAUUUACUCUUGUUUCUUCCCCUUCUUUCUCUUGUUCUUCUCGGCGGUCAACUGCUAUUUCUUGGUCAGCUACUCUGCCAUGUACUUGUUUUUUAAUUUUCCUGCUCAGUGGACUUCGAUCGGGCGAGGAAACCGACCUUGGAAGGCAGCGCUUGAAUCUCUCUUCGCUCGAAUCACUGUUCUCAUUGUCGGAAUUAAUCAAGGCGCUUAAAACAAAGGAAAACAACUGAUGAAGGUUUCUGAUCUUCCUUCCACAGGAACUACACACUCGAUCCGACUUAUCCUCGCAAUAUUUUACUGGCAAGCCAACACUUUCACACAGCUUUGCCAGAAUAACACCAAACGAGCCCUUCUGCUUUGAGGGCUGAAACAAGUUCUCGGUUCCAAUAUGACGGGCCUGAGAUCCAAAUUUGACUUUAAAUGAACAACCACACAGACGACAGUUGUCUCUCACAGAAGGAGAAAGCGAUCUUCUUCCUCUGCCAGUUUUCUUUUUCGGAGUGAGCUCCGCGAUCGCCGACAUAACACGGGUUUUUGGCGAAAAGAGCAUCGUGUUUCUACAUUUCCCGCGAAAAUUUAGGGCAGGCCAGCUAGGCCUGUUAUCAAUCAACUUUAAUUUCCGGAAAGUCAUUUUUCAGCCAAUGGUAUUUCCCUUCGUCUGGGCGAAGUACAAAUGAAAAUUUGUAAGGGAUGGUUGCAAGCUCUCCUUUCGCCGGCCCCUCGCGGCUUCGCCGCUCGCUCGCGCGUUCUCGCUCGGCUCGCUUCGCUCGCCCAGAAAACAAGUAGGAGAGCUUGCUCGCAGGCUAGACCCGAUGCAACGCGAAUGAAUUCGUUCAUUUGCUGACAAGCAAUUGAAAUUUAUGCUCAGUUAAGGAUAAUCUUUAUACUCAUACGUUGUGUGUUUUUGUCACUAAUCAGGCGCUAUUUGUAGGUAUUUCUGGGUUUAUAUAAGGCGAACUGAGAGAACAGUAAUAAGAUGUUUGUUUACAAAUUUUGUUUGCCGAUCGGUGACUGCUUUGUUAGCGUGGGUACGACAUCGUAAAAAUACACGUUGGUAAAUGUUUGUUUCAAAGCAGGACAGGGCUGUAUAUCUUAUUCUUAUCGGCUGCAACAUAUAUCUGAGGAGUAGCAAAGAAUAAACUUGAAUUAUGGGGAUAAAUAAAAUCAAACCAAAUGCCCGGAAAUACUCUCGCGUCGCGAACAAUUAAUUUGAAUUUUGUACAGUCUACUUGCGUGCAUCUAACUCGCUUUCGAUUGGUUUAAAAACAAUCAGCUACUGUCAGAACUCACACAUGCGCAUUAUCGUGAACCAGUCCCUUUAGAGAACUGAAAAUGUGGCAAUGAAUUUUUCUGCGAGCCUCAGACUGGUCAGAUUCAUGUGUCGUAAUGGGUAUGUACUAAGGAGUAAACGAUUUUUUUUUUCUGAUAGUUGUAUAAGAUGGGAAUGUACGGACCAGAGUUUGUUUGGAUUUUAAACCCGAAUGUUGGAACCAUAGAUGAGUGGGUCACUCUUGCCAACCGCGCGAUUAACCAAGAUAAGAUAAAGACUGAACAGACAUGCAACAGGACGCAAUACCAGAAAGCUUUAAAUAGAGCAUUCACAUUUAAGGCACUCACGAUAAGGGAGGACGACAACUUCACUACCUCAUCAAAUCUGGUAAGAAAAUUUCUUUUCGUGAACGCAGCCCCUUCAGUAGAUCAGAUAUGGUACACUUGCAGCGUUGAGGUGAGCUUCCAGGUUAUACCGUUAUGAUCCAAAUUCACAGUAAUUUAGAUGGCUUCAACUAAAAUUCUUUCUGUUCAGUCGAGCAGAGUAAAAUCCCAUAACCCUGAUGAGUUUUCAGUUUUGAAAGUCUUCAUUCACUCUGUUCGCGUGGCCAAAAAUGCGGUAAUUGCUUGUUUGUUUCCGGUUUGUUUUAACAAAGUUAAGUUAGGAUGUUUUACGCCCUGGGUACCAGAGAUUGGCGACCAAUUGAAAGAUAGGUAUUUGGCAAGAAAUGAGCUAAUUUUGAUUUGUCAUACUUCCAUUUGCAGACAGUAUCUGAGGCAUUUUCAAGACUGGGCAUAAAUGAUCUAUCGAGCGAUAAAACGAAAAACCUGGCCACAACUUCGUUUGAUGCUAUGUGGGGCACCAUGCUAGCCAUAAAAGAAGCUAGUGAAACAAAAAACGUUUCUGAUAAAUUGGGAAAUAACACGGACGAUACAGAAAGUCAGCAAGUAUCUAAUUUUCUGAUGAAAAAACUUACAGAGUUGAACUUUCAAGGACUAACGGUACGUUUUACUUUUUACUGUUUUAUUUUCUGUUUUGUGAGAAAGGCGGGGGAAAGAUGAUUGAACUUAACUUGCUUCAAAGUAUUUUUGUCAUGAUAUUUAGUCAGUAAUUCUGCUAUUUCGUCUUUGCAUAGCCGUGAACUCUUUGGCAUUCUCUUAAGUUCCACACUCGUAGCAAAACAGCCAAGCUGCCAAGUCGCUUUCUUACGAGACGUCAAUGACGGUAUAAUCACACAUUUCAGUGACGUUUAGGAUCUUCUAUCUUCAUCUUUGGUCUUUGAAUGAAUAAUAAUAACAAUCAGCUAAUGUGAACUAAUAUCUGAAAGACCAUCCCGUGUACGUAAAUGGCAUAUUCGAGGAGUUAGGUCUCACUUUAUUUUAGCUCUAACGUAUUACUUUCCUAGAGUGCCACUCCCGCAGUAGAACCAGGUUUUUUUAAAAUGGCCUUAUGGUGAUCAGUGCAUUCCUUCAUUGAGGAGAAAAAAAAGACCUUAACCUUCACGGGGCCAUGACAGUUGCACUCGAUUUUGUAACCGGCGCUCGACCAGCCCUAUGAGAGAACACUGCAAGAGUCAAAAUCCUGUAAACGAGAAAUUAAGAAUUUGUUCAUGCUUAGCGUGCGUAUAUCGAGUUAUGGAUGCACGCGGGAAGUUUGGAGAGCACGAAAGAUGCGUAAGAGUUAACUCUAGCUUCUUGAGUGCUCUCUAAUCUUCCCAAGUGCAUCCAUAACUCGAUAUACGCACAGCUAAAAGCAUGAGCAAAUUCUUUUAUAACACAGCUUACAAAAAUGCUUGCUUUUUGAUUAACUGCAAAAUUCUCGUGACGCACGACACAAUAACAAACGGUUCUAUUGACUGAUUACGAACACGCCACAAUCGUCUACUUUGAAUGAAAAUAUUCUUUCUGUAAAAGUGAGAAAGAAAAUUUGCUUCUUUAUUCGUUAACGGUCAACGAAAACUAAGCAGAAACAAAGGUAAAAGAGUCUUAAAGUUCACCUGAAGUUAAAAUACUAACAUGUUCGUAAGAAGUCGUGGAGUAUGGUUUGGAUUUGCUGAAAAGAUGUUUACGUUUUGCCCGGCGAAACCCAGAAAACAUGUUUUUAGCGAAGACGACUGUCAUCCUUCUUUAAACUUAUAUUCAUUUACGAACGUUGGCUGGUCAUUAAGGCUUCUUUAGAAGACCUGGCAGCAGUUGUUUUUGUGAGUAGUAAAUUUAUGUCUUCUUGUGUAAUUUGUGUUGUUAUUGCGAGAGAAAUUUUCCUGCUUCAGUCGGAUUGUCCGGAGAUAACAAAGUGCAUAAAAAAUUUAAAAACAACCAUAAAAACGGACAUUUUGCCUUUAAUUGUUGUUGAUGACCAGUUGGUGUCUGCUCUGUUCCCAGUGAAUGUCUUUCGGCCAAAAUUUGCUGCAGCUGGUCUUCGACAACAUGAUUUGCGAAACGCGCAACUUGCGAGUUUUUUUUCAAUUCGGCUUUAUUUUUGCUGCUUGUUGGAUCAGGACCUAAAAAGUCAAUGCCGAUAGAAAAAUUGGACAGUUCUUCGCUGGUUUCUUUCAUAUCUUAAAGAGAAGGAAAAGUGCACUGCAGCUUAAAAGACGACAACUUUGCAGCCAGGUAAAAAAAAUGCUCACGUCAUCUUAUUUACGCACGGGCGUGCGUAAACAAAGAUUUUGUUCAUAGCGGCUCAAUAGGGUCCUUUCGAUAUUUUUGACCGCGCACUCCUGAGAACUAGGUAGUCGCAUGUAAGCGAGGCUUAGAGGACACAAGAUGGCUGACUCUGCUGCAGGCAGUUUUCACUGUAAACCGGUUCCUUGGUUAAAAGAAUACUUAAAACAAAGGGGCAUUCAAAGCUCAGGAAAACGUAAGGUUGAACUGGUAGAACUUUGUGAGAAAAGUGAGGAGAUGAAAGUCCCAAAAAUUGCUGAAGAGGAAGCACCAGUCGAUCCAAGAGUUUCUAUGAAAGAGCAACUGAAAACCGAUGAGGAGAUCUCGCAAAUCCGUUGGAUAACGAAAACCGUGUUUUUUCCCAAUGGACCAAAAACUUUACUAACGUACCGGACUUUAGAUUCCCCGAUCUUUUUAAUUACCUGGUGGGUAAAGAUCCCGUAUACAACAGCGAAAGCCUAAAAAGUUACAAAUCUUUAUUGGGGUACAAAUUAUUUUUGAUGGACAUGUGGAAGAACUUUGGUAUCAUCCACCUCAACCCAAUAGUAAUUACAGUUAUUUUAAGUUUGCUGUAAAGCCAACUGAAAAAUCCAAGACUGAUGAUGGUUCAGCAACAUACAGAGGGUUUUUUUUCAUUUUAAAGAAGGAUGGAAGUGUCAAUUCAGCCUACUGCUUAUGCAAAGGAGGGUAUGUAUUUUCUUCUUCUGAUUUCUGAAGCCUGUCUAUGUGCUUGAUAUUCCAUAAACAUACGUUUGAGAAUCAAAACGUUUGGUCUUUUCGGUUGUUUUUCUCUGUGACAGGUUUUGUUUUAUUCAGAUUCGAAGGUUUAUAUUUUCCUUGUAGCAGUUAUAACAUGAGUAAAAAGUAGAUGCCUCCUGAAUUGAAGAUCUAAAUCAAUGGAUGCAUUAUUUUAAGUCUCAAACCUUCUGGAUCACUUAUGACUUCAGCACUAAGUAUUAAAACAGUGGUUCAAAGUCAGAAUCUGUGAGCCUAGUAACUGAACUUAUUGGCUACUUUACAGUCUAUCAGUGUGAACAAUGUGAGAUACAUAUUUGUCAUAUUGGUCCUCCUUUAAACAGGGCAGAUGGAGGUUGCCGACACAUAGCUGCAGCAUUGUUUGAUCUAGAAGCAAAUGUGAGAUUCAAUGAUCUCCAAUCAUGUACAUCAGGACAGUGCAUGUGGAAAAAGAGAGGAAAGAGAAAUGAGGGAAGUUUGCCCAUUCAGGACCUUCAAACGAGUGGUAGUUACGGUGUGACAUUGAAAGACCCAAUUCACCCAAGAGAUUUUAAUCCAAUUUGUAUUCCCUAUAAUGUGACUGAACUGGAACAAGAUUUUAAAGCUGGGUUGCUGGAAACAUGUCCUAGCUCUUCAGCUCUGCCUUUUUUUAUCUUCAACUAAAGGACCCAGGCAUACAGAGGAAGAAGUCAGAGCUUUCAUCAGCAGUGAUGUUAAUGUCUGUAAAGAAGAAAGUGUUCAAAGUGUACAUGUAUAUUCAAUGAAUGAUUACGCCAAAGUGUUUGUUUCUGUUAAUACUGAGAAAGUGAUGCCUACAGUUUCUAAAGAACUUGCAGUUGAAUUCCUCGAGUCUAUUCCAUUUAAUGAAGAGCAAGCAGAAAUGAUCAACAAGAAAACUGUCUAUCAAUCCCAGUCUCAAUUUUGGUUUGAUCAAAGGGCAGGAAGAAUUACAGCUUCCUCAUUUUACACUGUGUGCCACCUUAGAGAGAGCACAGACAGAAGAAACACUAUUAAACAUCUCAUGAAUUACUGUCCAAUUGCUGAAGAUGCCAUGCCACGACAGUUGACAUGGGGGCAUGAAAAAGAAAAGCGAGCACUUAGUCUUUACAUAAAAAAACAGAACAAAAAUCAUGAAAAGUUGUCAAUAGAAAAAAGUGGACUCAUUGUAAACACAUUAUGGCCCUUCUUAGGAGCCAGUCCUGAUGGUAUAAGGAUUUGUGCUUGCUGCCAAAAGAAGUUAAUUGAAGUUAAAAGCAUGUAUGCAAAAGAAAUCUCCCUCCACAUGUUGCAGCUGAGGAGAACCUCAUGCUUGUGGAUGGCAAGUAUGAAAUUAAAAAGAAACCAAAUGGAACUACCAAAUCCAGGGACUGAUGGGGAUAACAGGGAUUCAUCGCUGUGAUCUAGUUAUAUAUACCCUCAAAGGAAUAUUGAUUGUAAACGUUAAGUUUGAUAGUGAUUUGUGGAGUGAAAUGCUCCAAAAGCUGAGAAACUUCUUCGUGGAGUAUAUAGUUCAGGAACUAUUCCACCAUGACAUACUUAAGUCAUUAUAGAGUGACUGCCGUUAGAUGCUGAUUGUAAAAGUGAAGGUGCUUAAAAUUAAUAGUGUUUUUUGUCUGUGCUGGAUUAGAUACCACAUAAUUUUAUUGAUCUGUCUCUGGAUACGUUUAAUACAUGUUUCAUUUACCAUUUACAUACACUAAGUAGGUCUGCUUUUUUUCUGCUCUCUGGACAAAUGCGUCAGUCAUUUGGCCAGUGGUGGUAACAAAUUACACAGAGCAGCACAAACACUUAGAAUAUUGUCUGCAGUGGGUAGCAUUUGAAGAAGGAAGUUCCCUUGUAGAAUUCUAAAGUCCUUAAGACGUCCAAUAGCACGUUCAACGUGGAUCCGAACACUUGCAAUGGUACGGGUAGAUUUUACUGCCUUUUUUGAAAGUUGCUUUCCUGUGUAAGAGGAGAAAAAAGGAUUUUGAAUGAAGUAAAUGCCAAUUCAAAAGGUACUGAUAGUAAAGUACUUGCUUUUUUGGAAACCUUUUUUCCAAACAAAACCUGUACUAAAUUAUUGGAUGGGUGGAAGUGGCAAACCACUGCCUCACACCAGCUCUUUCUGAAUUUUCUGGAUCCACCCCUGCUAUGUAGACAUGUUUGGAAGUUAGUAGAGACUACCUUUAUCUUUGAGCAGUUCAACUUAACCCUAUAAUAUAAAAAAUAUUCCUAAGAAACUUCUUCUGUUUAGUUAGAAAGAUCCUUCUUACAAGCAACAAGUAAUGGAUGCUGUUAUAUCUAGUUUUUUUUUUUUUUUUUUUUUUACUUUGUCCAGGGAGACCUUCUCUUUUAUCUUAGCAUACCCUCUUCCACCCCUACCCCAUUAGCUGCCUUUAUUGGAAAGGUACCUUUGCAAAGUGGUGGGAUAUUAAGUGCAACUUUCUUUCUUGUAAGCAGAUCUCUGAUGUUGAACCCCUUGUCGGCCAUAACAGAAUCCCCCUCUUCAAGUUUGUCCAGUAGACCACUUCUUUCUGUGAUGUAUCUGUCACUGACAUUUCCAGUCCAUAGUUUAGAAACAAAGGAGAAGUAACCUGUUGGAGUGAUUCCCACCAGUGCUUUCAUGGUAUUGUGCUGUUUAUAGUUACUCCAUGUAGCUCUCUGGGCACUAGGGGAUGUUGGCUUUUGCAAAAAUAUCUCUGUGCAAUCUAUUAUUAUUCGAGUGCUUGGAAAUUUAUUAAAAGAACUUGGCAACUUUUUCUUAAUUUCUUCCUUACAAGGCCAUUUAAGAAGAAUGUCACGAAAAACUGUAGAUAAAAAGCAAAUCCACGUUGUGAAAACUUUGCUAACUGAUCCUUCUGAUACUCCAAAGAUAUCUGUAAGAUGUCUGCUUAAAAGCCCAAGUCUGAGUCUCACCAAAGUUAAGAUAAAUUCCUCCAUAAUGGUCAAUAAUCUUUGCUUUCCAGGCUUUUUUUUACUUGAAUCUUUUUGAUAGCUUACUUUUUUUUCUUUGUUUUUGUCCCAAUACUUAAGUUUUUCUGCAAACGGCUUGAGCAAAUUAAAUAUCAUCAUAAAGCAAGCAAGGCUAGGUAUACCCGUAAAAAAUUUGACAGACUCGUCAUCUUUCAAAACAUCAUCCACAAAGAGCUCUCUUUUCAAUUGUUUUUUGUUUGAUAACUUUGAUUUAAGUUCGGCGUUCUCUUGUUUUAAAGCGUCAAUUUUACUGGUUAAAACCUCUAGAUCUUCGUAAGGAAAGUCCGUUUGAGUUCCUUUGUCGUUAGGAAGAAGGUGGCAAUAAUUGUGAUCUAAAAGGGCUGCAUCGUCGCUUAAGAAACAAAUGUCUUUGUCUUCCUCGGUAAGGCUUCUCUUUUGAGGUUCAGGACAUUUUUCAUCAACAGCACGUCUCUUUCUGUCCUCCAGUCUCUUUUCACGGGAAGAAACACGACAUUGGUGGGUCGAGGGAUUAAAAUAUUUCGGUAAUUCACCUGGAAUAACUUCUUUUCUUCCGCAAAGCGACUUUUUGAUGGAUGAAGCCUCGAAGUGUGCGCUGCAAAUCCGAGGGUUUUUUUGAUUUUGGAAUUCGGGAUCACAACGUCUACAAAAGUUUUUCCAUAGCCUUCUAAAAUGCCCUGAAGGAAAACAGAAAAAGGAUAGAUCCGGACGAUUCCUCGAACUGUUCGAGCAGUUUGCUACCGAACAAAAAUUCACCAUGACUUUUGCAAAACUUGGAGCAUUUCAACUUACAGUGAAGACAGUGAAUGCAUUUCUAUUUUUUUAUUUUCCCAGCUGUCCUCUAAGCCUCGUUUACAUGCAAGUACCUAGUUCUCAGGAGCGCGCGUCCAAUAAUUUCGAAAGGACCCUAUAGGACUUAGGGUGCUAUGUUAUAAUGUAAAAUCGUGCAGCGCCCGUGAAAUAGACAAGUAAUGCGAUUUGUGACUAUUUCCAACUACUUACAUAGCCCUAGUGGCAAAACAAUUGUUUGAACGGAUCUAUCUUCAAGGUAUUCUGCAGUGUCCUGGCCCCGUCGUCAAUUCAAAGCCUCGUGGCUAUAAAAUAUACAACAAUGAAAUAUAUUAGUAUGUUACAUAUUUAUUAAUUUUCAGGGCCCAGUGUCUUUCAACCCAGACAAAAGGAGAAAAGACGUUAUUAUUGUUCUACAGCAAUACCGAGGUAUAAAUUAUUAGAAAUUUAUACUCAUUUUGUAAACUACAUGCAAGAAUUUAAACUAAGGCCCGGUUCAUGGAGGCCCGUUCUGGUCAAAAUUAAUAUAAUAAAAUGGCAUCACAAGUGACUUUUUCGGCCAGUUCAGCAUUUAUUAUGGACCCGUUGUGUAUUUUUGUCAUCACUACACAGGAUUUUUUUAGUGUGUUGUUAAUUUUUUUUUUAGCUGCAUGAAUUAUUUUUUAUUAAGGCUGUUUACUUUUUUAUGUUUUUAUAUGAAUAAAGUUUUCAUGAGUACCACAAAUUAUUUUUUUAGUGGUACUGUAUGGAGGCCCGUUCUGGUCAAAAUCAUGACAAUACUUUGCACCACAAGUCAAUUUUAAUCCAACUGCAGCAAAUAUUAUGGACAUGUUGUGUAUUUUUGUCAUCACUAAACAAUACUUUUUUCAGCGUGUUAGUAACCAUUUUUAGCAACAAGAAUUAUUUUUGUUUUAAUCAUACGAAUACUUUUUUCUAUCAUGCCAUGCAUUAUUUUUCAGUGGUACUUCGAAUUAUUUUUCCAGCGUGUAUCAAGAAUUAUUUUUUAAUAAUUGAGCCGAGAAUUAUUUUUCGCGGUAUCGCGAAUUUAUUUUUUGGUCUACAAUGCAUUGCGGGCCUUGCAUUUGAAGUGGACUGGUUCGAGUCUUUGACUGCCUUGGGCGACCAUUGUGAAAACUUUGAAGAGGAGGAGUGCUUUCAAAGAGAAUGCCAAGGCGAAACAUUGUCAGGGAAAGAAACGAAAGAGGUUUUCAUUUUUUUUACAAAAUCUUUCAAGAGCUAGUAGUCUGUCGUUAUUGAUGAGGUUUUCUGGACCGAUUUAAUAGAGGAGACUACGAAUGGACUUCACAACUCGUACACAAUUCCAACCCUUAUUCAACAUGAGUCAAAGCCUUAUACUGGAAUCUCUCGUAAACGACCACCUCCCGUAAUUAUAAGCGAUCGCGACCACUUUUUCGGCUGACAGUUUAGAAUUGUCUAUUGUUUUCAACCUUCGGUAAGCGACCACUUAGCACAUGGUCUUACUUUGUGAAAAUGGGCAAAAAGGAAUUUAUUCUUUGGCUGUCAUUAUUGUCUACACAUCUAUUACUGUGUUCAUUAGUUCGAUCUAUAACUACAGUACUAACCAUUACCCUUGAGAAAAAGACCCAGAUUUCCAGGUUUCAGUUAAAGAAGUUAAGUUUUUGUUCGUCAGACGUUUUAGAGGCAUUUCUUUGCAAGAAGUCACUUACACAACCAAGAUUUUGUAACAACAAAUUUGUAACGCGCGUAAUCUAAUUAAUUGCACUUCCGUAAAUGAGCUAUCAAGUAGAAUAGCUAAUGAUUUUGUCAAUAAAACUACCAGUAAUUGUCAGUGGAAAGUAAACUUUCAUUAUUUUUUUUAGAAUAAAUGUACCACUCUAUUCGGCUAGGUUGAAUUAAAAAUUUCGCCCCUGCGGUCAUCCAACUCUCGUAAGCGACCACCAAGCUUAACCUUUAAGUCCCAAUAUCAACAUACAAAUUCUCCAAACUGAUCCUCAUACAUUUCCUUUAAGAAUUAGUUGAGAGAAUUUAAUAAAAGAUCAAAGCAUUUUCUCUUUGGUGAUCAUUUGUUAAUUCUCAUAACCUAAUCUCUUGACAAUGUAUGGAUAUUGUUAGGAGAAAAUUGUUGUUGGUCACCAUUGGGACUUAAAGGGUUAAGCCUUUGCAUUUUGGGCGGUCGCUCGCUUACGAACUUGGGGCCCGUUUCUCGAAAGGCCCGGUAACUUUUCUGGCCCCAAAUUAUAUAUUCAAAUCAAAAUGUGAAGAGUAAAAGCGCGGGAUAUAGCUGACAAACCAGUCCUUUUUGUUUUGUUAACGGAUAGUUUUAUCGUGUUUAUCUGCAAAACUAUUGAAACCUCGAUCUUGAAUGUAAACAGCAAUAACUUUCCGGGCCCGUUAAUUAUUGGGACUUUCGAGAAACGGGUCCAUGUUGCAUUAAUUAUGAUAACGUAUUUUGCAAGCAGUUUUACCGAAAUGAACAUUUUUCUCUUUUUGAAUUUACUUCGACCGGAAUUAAGAUUGGUGUCUGAAUCAAUUCACCCGGUCUAAAUAAUUUGGGUCGGCCUUAAUUCGGAUUAGGUUGGGCUCAUGAAAGUUCGGCCUCUUAACUGGGCCUAAGAACUAAGAAAUAUCUAAAUCCAAUUCUUUAAUUCGUAAAUGAGUUUAUUUGCAUGCGCACGAAGCACCAUUAGCCUGGGAAGCAGGCCUUGAAAUGAAGUGUUAAACAGACCUCUCCCUUUUUUCCUUUCACUUUAGUUUCUCCCCCUACACCCCACCCCCUUUCUUUGCCUCCCCCUCUCCAUUUUGGCUUUUCCACGCAGACUAAGUACCAUGGGGAAGAAAAUCUGAUUAUCUAUCCAUGCGAAAAUUAUUUUGUCACUUGACCGUCCAUUUUAACGUCGGAUCAUUCCAUCCUUAUCAGCCUUUGUGUAAUGCUAUAGUGAAGGAUAUCAUUCAAUUACUGUUGUUAUUAUUAGAUUAUUAUAGUCAUUAUCGUUAUCAUUAUUAGGUAAUUUAUGUAAAUAGCACACUGAAAAAAAAGAAAGAUGGCGAAGAUUGAAUAAGCUUAAUCCUCACCAUUUUUUCUCAUCUAUCAAACUCUGUGAAAUCUUUGCCGUGAUUGGAUAUUUAAACCUUUUUCCGACUUCACUAUACAGCAGACAGCAGACUAAGUUUUAGCUUAAACUCAGGUCACAUUAUCUACACGAAUAAUAUAAAUUUCACUGAAUUUUAUCACAGAAAAAGAGAACAAGUGGGUGAACGUUGGUGAAUUCUUCGUAGAUGAAAGUGGUCAAUUAACCUUGAAAUUUUAUGAAGGCAUGGAAGAAACAUUAUGGGAAGGUAUGUUUAUAGGCCAUUUCCGAGUUCAAAAACUCUCUCGUUCAAAACGAAGCUAAGUGCAAGACCUUUCGUUUGAAAAAAAAUCUUUUUGUUUGCAUGAGAAUUAAAAAAAUCAUUUUCAUGUCCAUGGCUUUACAUUUAGCCUCGUUUUAAAACAGAGGCUUGGGGCAACUCGAAAAUCGUCUCCAUUAAGCGGCCACCUCCGCGGUGCCGGCAAAUACAAAGUAAUCUCUGGAUUUCCCAUUAUACUCUCAUGUAACUUGUGUUCAGUUCAAAGGUUCAGACUUAAAAGUAAUCAUGCAUAGUUUGCUGAUGUGUUUUAUAGCUGGAAAAGCGUGAAAAACCAUCAGACCAAUACAUAUUUUAUUAACUGUAUACUAACCGGCCCCGUAUUUUGCUUAAGGUGGACCUGUCCCAAGCGACAGAACGCUGAUAACAACGCAGCGAAUGGAUACUCCACGAGCGCUCUUCAUCAUCUUCUCAACGGUUGCCUCCUUUGGUAUAGUUCUAGGGAUCAUUUUCAUGGUAUUCAAUCGCUACUACCGCGAUUGCAAGUGAGUUUCAUGCACUCUUUAAUAAAGGAGCAAGAUAGAUGUUUUACCAGGGUGGGGGGGUACCCCCAUAUGUAAACUACAUUGGUAUAUCCUGGGUAAGAACCAUUACGCACACACAGGAGCCUAUGACACUAGUGAUGGACUCCUGGCACACAUUAAUCCAAAAUGGAUGCGGAAGUAGUGUUCGGACCUUCGCAAUAGUUAUACAAAGGGUCGCAAGAGAUGAUUGCAGUUUUUAAAAGAACACGAUCGAUACCGGAGAAGUACGGUUUUUGGUCAUGAACUUCAGAUUUUGAAAACAAAGGAACGGCGAGUUUCUUGAACGACUUCAAACCCUUUGGUACAGUUCCGCCUUGUCUUCCACCAAACCUCAGGUCUCCACAGAUUCUUUUAACAAGAAAGUGAUCGAUAAAACUCAGCUGCGCUCAAUGCGCGGUGACGUAAAUAUCCCACAUUGUUGUUCGAAAAGAGUAAGAGAGAUGGGGGAAGGAGGCUGUUACGGGCCUGCAGUAAUGUAGUUCUGUUGCGGUGGCCCUUCUAAAAAUUGGAAAAUGUUAGUAGAUGAAUAAAUAAAUAAAUAAAGACCUUUAUCAAAUGUUUGAGAGGGUAGAAAUAUCAUGUGAUUCAGUGACUGACCAAAAUUUAAUGGCAUGUGAGAUUCCACGCAUAAAGUAUCAGUUGCAUGGCAAAAAUUAUACUGUUAGGGUCGGGUGAAGCUUUACUUAUUGAACAAGUCCGCCCAACUCAAAUCCUUAUCACAUAAUUUAUGCUAUUUCUCAGGUCAUGAGCAAACUCGAUCUUUUCUCCUUUUAUAUUCACAAAAAUUAAGAAAGCAACGAGUAUCAGGAAAUGUUUACCGGUUUCCUUUUCGCAGUUAUGCUGACCUAACGCAAUUGUUGGCUUUUUUCUAGAUUUAUUCGUCUAUCUGCUCCGAUGUUUAAUGAUAUCAUUGUAUUGGGAUGCAUCAUGUGUUUGAGCACAAUAUAUUUAUUUGGAAUCCGGAAAGUCAACGAUGGCAAUAGAACCAUGCCACGUAUUUGCAAGGUGAGGAGUAACGUUAAUUUCAUGUGGUUAUCUACCAGUCAAACCCGAAAAGGAUUUCAUAAUUCUUUCUGCAUUCAGCAUGUGCAACGCUUUCACGAGUCAUUGUUCAUAUAUUCACUGUUUUGUUGGAGUAUUUGGGAGCUUUUGAAAAAGCCGGUUAAAUGAGGGCUUUCUGGAAUGAACAGUUUUUUGAAAUGAACAAACCUUCGUAAGUUAGCUUUCGGAGACUUAAUUAAGAUAUUUUGGUUGUGCUAAAUAGGAUAUUCACAUUUGAAUAAACGGUUUGACGCAUGGGAAAAUUUUUGAAUAGCUGCCUGUGGGUAGGGAAUUUGACGCUUUUUCAAGCGCUAACAGGUGGAUCAUGCUACCACCUCAAAAACACUAUACCAAUUUACCGGGGAAUUUAACCAAAAAGAUCAAAUGCCUAGGCCUAGGGAGUUUGCUGGGGGGCAUGGGCGGUUUUGGAAUUGACUGGUACAUAACUGUGGUAGUGGCAGUGUAACGGACUCCAAUAAACUGAACCAAGAGCUAUUCACAGCCGAGGAAAGGAGAUUAUCUGAGCCAGACGACUAAUUUACGGACGGUCUUAUAUAUAUAUUAAUUUUAACUACGCUCAAAGAUACUAUCUGUUUUUCUUUUAAUUCUUUAAUUCACAUUUUAUCACGUAUCUUAUUUUUUUUCAGGCUCGUGCGUGGCUCUUGAACAUAGGAUUCUCCUUGGCUUUUGGAGCCAUGUUCAUCAAAACCUGGCGAAUUUACAAGAUUUGCACAAACAAGCGUCUAAAAGUCCGUGUAAGUGUAUCUAAUUUUUAAAUUGCUAGAAAAAAAAACUUUAAAAAUAUAUUGGAACAAAGCAAUUAUUGGAUUCGGUUUCGUAUGAUCUAAAGAAUUGCGCUGAUCUCGUAAUUCUUCAAAUCCUAAUCAGCCUCAACUAAUAAUUGCUUACCGUAUUUAUUCGAUUAAGCGCCAAUCCUGUAGGGAGGAAAAGUUAACAAGCAACUAGCCUCGAACAAGAAGUUCAACCCACCCCACCCACCACCCUCUCUCUCAAAAACCUGACGUGGACAAGAUAAUUGCAAUUGUUUAUUAUUUCCUUACUGCCCAAUAUGCUUAUCGUCGACUGACCCAUUUGCAGACUUUACGUUGUGAAAAAUCGACGAGGCAACACGAGAGAGUUCGCUUAUUGACCUCACUGACAAUGAGAGAGAAAUUGACUAGGUUCUAUUAGAAGACUUCCCUGAGGACAAAGUUCUUAGUCGUUUUUAAAUAAACUUAAAUAAACGGUUAAAAAUUCUGCUUUGCUACAUCUUCACGUUUUGUUAUUAUUUACUGUUUUGUUGGAAAAUUAACUUUAGUACUUGCUAAAAAUAACGAAAAUUUAAUAAGCGCCCACUCUCGAGGCCCAGAAAUUUUAUAAGCGCCAUAAACACAGUAUCCUUAGUUGAAAUCAUAAAUAAGUGCAUUCUCUCCGCUAUACAAUAGAAGUUAUUUGACUUGCUAACAUCUAUGGUCGAAAUUUAUCAGUUGGGUCCAUUGUCUGAUUGGUGGAUGCUGGCUAUGGUAUUUGGGAUCGUUGUGAUUGACGUGGUGCUGUUAGUGGCUUGGGAACUUACAGACCCGCUCCAACAUGAAGAAGCAGUCGUGGACAAGAAGGUUAGUGGACAGAUUACAACCUGCUCCAACAAAGAUUUUUCAGCGUAUAUCUUACACGAUAUUAGCACUUGUUGAGAGGUGCUUGUAAUGCUGAUUUCAGGUUUAUAAAAUUGCUCUAUUCAUGUGCUUCGAAUUUUUACUGUAUGAUUUCAUGUGGUGCGCGUAUAUGGCCAAAUUUAUACAAAAUGUUAUAUUUGUGUAAUUUUUGGAGGAAAAUUCAACUGGGAUCACAUGGACUUUGAAGCUUCCAAAUAACAGUCAGUAACUAUAAACACUAUUCGCGAUCUGAAAUAACGCGUACGUGCUCUCCCGGCGAAGUGACCUGGUCCAUGGUAUUGAUGAUUAAUACUUGUAUUUUCGGUUUUCAUUGCAGAAUGAUCCAGGGGAUCACCUCAAAAUAAUAAUGUCUACAAUAAAUACAUGUACGGGAAAAAAUGUGGAAAUGUGGCUGGCAUUGAUUUAUGUUAGCAAGGGAAUUCUUUUGCUUUACGGGCUGUUCCUCGCUUAUGAGACAAGAAAUGUCGUGUAUGCGCAUUUGAACGACUCACGAGUCAUUGGAAUUUGUGUGUACAACGUGGUGGUGCUGUCCACUAUUGGUGCGUUCUUGGCUCUAAUUUUGAAGAACGAACAGUAUGUAGAGUUAUACUCCGCACUAAGUGUGUGUAUAUCUUUACCAGCUGCAGCCACUAUAUCGCUGAUCUUCAUACCAAAGGUAAAACCUGAUUUAUUCGGCCAUUUUCAACAGAUAAUUUCAUUACGAUUGUCACGGAUUUAAAAGCUCGAAGGUCGCAUCGUCAUGGAACCACUUGUAUUCAUCUGACAUAUCACUCCUCGUAUUAGAUUUAUACAGCCGCCAGGCUGCCUCGUUUCCAGGCGCCGUCUGCACUACUAUUGCAGAGGAUCACUGAUAGGAAAAAUCUAUCCUUCCCAUGACACAACGUGGGCUAUGUAAGCGCAAGGAAGGACGCCUGGAGUCAAGGCAGGCCGCUUGACGAGUUCACUUAGUAGAAACCGUCCUGCGUCUUCUAAGGUGGAUUUUUACCCACAUUCGUACGCGCGUAGAUAAAAUAGAAAUGUGUGGAAGGUCAGGCGUAAACGUAAAAGUUGAACCUCACUUAAACGUUUACACACGUCUUUCCAUACAUCGUCUAACUAUGUAUUUUAUUUACGCGCGUAGGCACCGGCGUAAAAAUUACACGAUUGUGGACUAAUCCACCCUUAGGCUGCAGACCACCUUGUACUUCCUGUGUGCCUGACAUUUGAUGGUGCAUAUUACUACUUAGACCAAAAGAAAUGCAAUGGAUACUCAUUAUGGUAGCAAGAUUCCCCCCAGUAUUUCAGCGGCCUAAGCGUGCACGCAACGCCGUUAAGGUAUUAACGAGGUCGCGAUAUUCCACAACAGGGUUCUUCAAUCCCGUAAUCCCGACCCAAAAUUCGUGCAAUCCCUUAAACCUGAUGGGCUUUUGGCAUUGCACCUCAAAUCCAAUCCCGAAACUCGCCCUGAUUUUGCUUUAAAAUCCCGAAUCCCGAGCUUCAAGUGAGGGAAUUCCCGGAUCCCGAGCUUCAUGUAAGGGAAACCCCGGAUCCCGAGCUUCAGAAAUAAGGGAAAUCGCGGAUCCCGAGCGUCAAAUGAGGGAAAUCCUGAAUCCGGAAAAACUCACUGGAGACCCUCAACCAGUUAAACAACACUGUUAUCAUCUAAUUAUUCAUUUAAAUCGUAAAUUUUUCUUUAUAGCUGAUACAUCGCCUAAAAGCAAGCUCCCUCGACGGGGAAACCGUUGGAGAAUCGACCUUGAAUCACACUUUUUCUCGUCCAUCCAUCGACGUAACCAGCACAUUUAAGGGCACAGAAAUGGGAAGAGAAAGAUUCGUAGACGCUCCUCCGUCAGGCAACACACUCGGCGUCUAUCAAAAUGGAGGUUUCAUGGACAGUCUUUCUUCUAUUCCUUCACCCUCACCUGCAAAAUCUGUAGAAGAACCUGCACCUUCGGCAACAACACUAGAGGAUUAA